UUAAUUUACCAUGGUUCAGCUAGCGUUGUACGUUUUUCGCUCUUCGCUCAUUUUCUUUCGUUGUGUGCUUCGGCAAUGUCGUGUUUCGGAACGGUGAAAACAGCAACAACAAGAUAAGAUUUUCCGAUUUUCCGUAUGGAAGCAGCGGCGGCAUUUGUUUUGAAAGUAAAGCAAAAGCGAGCCAGAAAAACGAAAUAUAAAGAAGCGCCGACAGCGAUGAAAGACCGCGCCUCGCCUCGCCUGAAUCCAAACGGUGUUUAAUGUGCGGCGUGCGAGUGUGUGUGAGUGCAGACGAAUAUAAGCCAAAAAGGAAGUGAAAAUAGUGCAAAAAGAGCUCCCGCAUAAUAAUAAUAAAGAAAGCCGAGUAAUAAUAAAAUAGGCAACAAGACAAGGCCCGGGAGAGCAGGCCACCAGACCCCCAAACCCCAAGCAACGACCAGUAAUACCAAGGCCCCAAAAGACCAGACCAGUUUCAAAAAAGCCUAUUUACAGGGCCUGCCUGCCGCCAGAUAGUAGUGUACGUGCGUGUGUUUGUGUCUCGUUAUUUGCGUGUGUGUGUGUGUGCUAGAAGAGACCACAUACGAGGAGGGAAAGGCAGUUUCAAGGAGCGGAAAGGCAGCGGCAGCGAGCAGUGCGCGAGCAAGCAAUAAGAAUAAUAAAUUACACUUUGCUAUAAUAAGAAAAAUUUAUACAUACCUAUACACACACAGCCAUACAGACGGGCCAGUGCCCCACACACAUGUGCACAAGUAAUGCUGGCGUGUGAGUGUGUGUGCACUGCGCUGCUUGUGGAAAAUUGUAAUAAAAUAUGAACCGCAGCUAGCCCGCAAAGGAAGCGGAGAGCGGUGCGGAAAGAGUAAAAGAGAGAGAUAGAGAAGAAGAGGAAGAGAAGCGGCAGCAAAACGAGAAAUCGACUGGAAAACCCACAAAAAAAAAACGAAGGAAAAGAAUUGAGUGAAAAUAUCGAAACUGCAUCAAAGAAAAGCAGCUACCACUACUAUAAUCGUAUUCAUGUGCCAUUUAAUUGUUUGGGAAAAGCUUUAAAGGGAUAUACACCACACUAUAUCUAUAAGACGCAACAGUAUUAGCAACACACACAAAUAUAUACCCCCCGCGCGUGCAACAUGUCCUGCAUAUCGAGCAAUUUCAGCUCCUUCUUCCUCAAUUCGCUCAACGAUCCCUCGGAGUUUUCCAAGUACUUGAGCAAUGGCGAACUGAAAUGCACUCAAUUCGAGGAAUUUCAAGUGUUUGGCUGCGGCGCAGGCGCAUCGUCGGGGCAACAGCCGUCGCUGCAGCAGCAGCAGUUGCAACAACAACAACAACAUCUACAGUAUUCCCACACACAUCUAUCCAAUGGCUGCGGCACGGAUUUCUCCUACGAGGCAGCAGCAGCGGCGGCGUCAUCGUCGUUGUCUUCCCAUAUGCAACGGGAAACCUGCCUGAGUGGUGCGGCCGCCGCCGGCAGCUCAGGUAGCGGUAAUCCGACGACGACGUCGAGCACUCACUCGCACACAGCCGCCGCCUUCGUCGCAGCAGAGGCGGGCGUCGCCGCAACGCCGACGUCAGCAGCAGCGUUAGCGGGAGCAGCAGGAGGAUCUGUCGCAGGACCAUCCCCCGGCAGCAAUCGCUGGCCAACGGCGGUGGCCACCCCCAAUGGGGGAUCGGUAUCGGUGCCCCAGCACUUUGAUGGUUCCUUCGAGUUUAUCAAAUAUCUGCGCCACUCCACGGACUUUACGCCGGGAACAGCCAGUACCACGCCUAGCGAUAGCUCCACAGUAGCAGCUGCAGCAGCGUCAGAGAAGAGCGGCGCCAAGGGACCGGGAGUAGCACUUGCGGCAGUGGCAGGCGCUGGCACACCACCCCCGCCAGCCCAAUCGCCCGUGGCCAGUGCGGGGCUCCUCGACCUGGACACGAGUACCUCCCAGAAGUCGCGAUCCGCCUCCCGCAAGGUGGCCGCACUUCUCUCCUCCGUUUCGCGCGCUUCCAACAGCCUGGUGGACACAAGCACCUCCGCGCUGGACGUCUUCGAUCACGAUUCGAAGCAGACCAUCUUCGACCUGCAGCACAUGGCCUCCAACGGCUCCUCCAACUCAAAUGAGUCCUCUCUGGAGCUACUUGCCUUCCCCAACUCCCAUUUGAAUGCUUCCAACUCAAAUACCUCGUCGGAGGGCGCUGCUUGCGGGAGUGCCGGGGAGUUUGGUGGCAUUCUGACUGGCGCCAGCUCUUCCUCGACCGCCUCCUCCUCGUCGCACGCACCCAAGCUGCUCGGCAGCUUUGUGAUCAAGGAGAACUUCGAGGUGCAUCCCUCCCACAAAGUGGAGGAGGGCAUCUUCCAGCACAUGAACAAACUCCCCUCCAAGAAGAAGGACACGCUCAAGCAGCUGGGCGUCCGAUUCACGGGCCAAAUGACGUUGACGGACAAAUCGAUUGUGGUCGAGAAUUUCAUCAAGUUUUGCGAGGAAUAUGAAAUCAAGGAUCAUCGGCCCUGGCUAUCCCUCAAUCAGUGUGGCCUGAACAAGCCCGAACAGAUCAAAUUCGCACGAUAUUUGGGACAGGGUCUGCCCACGUUUACGCUCUUUUGCAUUUAUAGCAAUUAUAAGAAUCUGUUUUGCACCAAACGCACAGAAAUCUACACGAAGGAUGGCUACAAUCUGCCUUAUAUACUCGACAAAACCAAGCGCUUCCUGGCCAACACAACAGCUGACCUCAAGAACAUGGCCGCGGCCAAUGAUGGAUCUCUGGAGUUUGCAGCAGCCAACAGUAGCAGCAGCAGCAGCACCAGUGCCAGCGCCAGCACCAGCACCAACCUCAUCAACAGCAACAGUAACAGCAGCAGCAGCAGCGGCACCGUGAACCUGUCAGCAGCAGUGGCUGCUAAUGCGAACAGCAAUUAUGUCACAGCGCCCACCACUGCCCCUCUGCCACCCACAAUGGAUCCCCGCUAUGUGUGUGGCGCACCGCCGACGCCGGGCUUGCUGCCACCGCCGGCGCUGGGGCCGCCGCCGCGCUCCCUGGAACAGAUGAUCAUCUAUGAGAACUUUGAGGUGCACGAGACGCACCGCAUCGAGGACGGUGUGUGCACGCACAUCAGCCGGCUGCCACCCAAGAAACAGGAGCUAUUGAAACAGUUCGGUAUACAGAGUAGUGGGCAGCAAUGUCUGAGCAAUUAUGAAAAGUACAUACUCAUCGAGAACUUCAUCAAGUUUUGCAAUGAAUAUCAGAUAUCCGAUCAUCGACCCUUUUUGGACUUCCACGAGAGCGCUUUAUCCAAAUGUGAACAACUUAAAUUUGUACGAUAUCUGGGCCAGGGGCUAUCCAAUCUGACGCUAAACAAGAUCUAUGUGGCAUUCAAGGAUCUGCUGGGCAACGGCAGACCCGACAAAGCUGGCAUGGAGAGCUAUAAUUUGGAUGUCCUGUUAAAGAAGAAGCGCAAGAAUCUCUACAAUCGUAUGCAUGCGGCUGCUCCCAGCAUUGAUCUAACCGUCUACGAUUCGGUGCAACAUCCCCAAGCACAGCCACAUCCGCAUUCGCAUCAUUCUGCCUUGAGCACACCACGCCCGCAUCAUGCUUUUGCCGCCCUAAAUGUGGCGACACAGCGCAGUGAAGUAUGCAACGAAUUGACGCCCGCAGGCUUGCAGUACAGUUACGCCGGAAACGGAAAUGGACCACGGUAAAGACGGGCCCAAUAGGACCCCCAAUAAGUCAUCAAUAACAUAUUCAUACAAACAUACAUAAAAAACUUCUUCCUGGAACUGGACCAGUAACUGUUGUGUCUUCGAAACGAACAAGAAAAAAAAACUUAAACCAAAAAACCAAAAGAAUUGUUAAGCGAAAUCAUUGAAAACUAAGUGCUAAAUUAACCAAGGAAAUUAGAUAUCAGAGACACUAGUAAAAUUAGGCUAAAUGUUAACAAAAGAUUUAACUUAAAUCGAAUGAAAUUCAAUUAAGCCAAAACCCGACAGGCAAAAUGGAAAUUACUAAAGAAACUCAGAUGUAAGCUUAUUUAUACUCAAGGUAAACCACUAUACAACUAUACUUACGAGAGUAUACACACACAUAUUAUAUACAGUAUAGGACAUACAUACAUAUAUUUCUGUAGUUGCCAUAGCGCUUCUGGGUGCAGCCAAAUUCUGUCCAGAACAGAACAGAAGUGAACUAUACCCGAAUCGGUACAAUAUACACAUAAAUACAUAUUAGCUUCGGUUUCCAGCAUCUCAACCCCAUGAACCCUGCCCUCCCCAGCCUCCUGUCCAGCAGUAGUGGAUGGUUUAAGCCUAGUCUCUAAGUGCAAACAAAAAACACCAAAAAUAUGAUCAAAACUAAAACAAAGAACGACCUCCUCCCAAAAUGAAAGUUCCCUAAAUAUGACGCAAGCUACGAGUAACAAGUAGAUCAAACCUAGCUGGUAAGAAGAGACAAAUUUUUAGAGUAGAUUACGAUCGAGUGGAAGCACAGAUGAUUAACUAAAUAUUCCUAUAUACAUACAAUAUACAUAUACAUACAGAUAUAUACAACAAGCAGCAUCAAAAUUUCAAAAAGGAAAACGAAACGAAAAAUCAAACGCAGAAUAAAACCAA